AUGUCGGAAAUCGACGACAUCUUUGCCUCGAAGGGCAAGGCGAAACAGAUUGUCACUGAACAUCCCAAAGACUUAUCAGAUCCUUCCUCCUCCAAGAAGAAGAAGAAAAAGUCCAAGGACAAAUCAAAACCAGAUCCGGCACCAGCAAACCAGCCAAAAGAGAAGGAGUCUUCUAAAAAGCGCCCUGCCCCAGAAACCAUUGUUGACCCCAGCCAGCAAGUGGCGUCCGCUAAACGCCAUAAACCGAACACAGCUUUGGACGGCGAUGGCAAGAAAUCAAAGAAGAAAAAGGUUGACAAGGAGGAAGAAGAAAAGUUCAAGGACUCGCGGGGCACCAGCGGCCGACGGACAACCGAAGAGGGUUGGACGAUCUACAAAGAAGACGAGCUCGGAAUAUCUCAUGAAGGAGGUGGUAAGCGUAUUGCAAUCGGCACAUUUCUACUUUUCACCAUCCCACUACGUCAGACACCCCCUUGUGUCCUUUCGAUUGUGAUUGUUGUUUCUAAUGCAAUGUACACUACCUCACACCCCCGAAUGAUACCCAUUUCCACCCGUAUCGCCUUGACACGGCUCUUUCGAAGCCUCCCGAACCGUCCUCGGACAAUGGGUCGAGGAGGUCAAAGAGAUGCCAACAGCAAUGAGACAGACUAUGUUUUACCUCAAUGCAAUGCAGCAUACAGGAAUGCCACGACAAUAUAUCUCGACGCCAUGCGUUUUCUCUCCGAUGGAAUAGCGCAUCUCAAAGUUGACCGCAAGUGCCUGCAGUUUGACGUGACCUGGGCACAAAUUUAA